UCGAAACUCCGAUUGUCUUUUAUUCCACAGAUUUGUGUUUCAUUGCACAUGUUCAUCGAUUUCUGUUGAAAUUAGGAAAAGUAUAAAUAAUUCCUCAACAAAAUGGGUGGUAUAGCAAGCAGAUACCGAGUGUCUAACUCUGCAUUGAGUCCCACGGAUAUAACAAACCUAGAAAAUGCAAACAAACGUAAUAACCCGGGAACGUUAGAUGAAUUGCACAAAAAGACCAAAGAGGUUAUGCCAGUAAAUUUUGAGGGUGGCAAACUAAUGGUCAACAAUGGCAUAUCCAAUCAUUUCCAGAUGAGUCACACAUGGACCAUGAGCUCACAACAGACGGGCUACAAGCUCGGAGCCACGUACAUUGGCACCAAGCAGCUGUCACCGACGGAAGCCUUCCCCGUGGUCCUCGGGGAGGUGGAUCCUUCGGGAAAUGUCAACUUCAACCUCAUCCACCAGCUCACUCCUGAAGUCAGGGUCAAGCUCGCUGCACAGGUGCAAGAAUGCAAGCUGACGGCCACACAAGGUACAGCAGAGUACAAGGGCCCGGACUACACGCUGGCCCUUGCACUCGGCAAGCCGGACCUCAGCGACUCCUCGUCUGUGCUGGUGGGACACUACUUGCAGUCGGUGACCCCGCGGCUGGCGCUGGGCGCGGAGCUGGUGUACCAGGCGGGCGCGCGCGUGCAGGGCGGCGAGGUGGCCAUCGCCUCCGCCGCCAUGCGGUAUACUAUGCCCGGGUCGGAGGUGUCGGCGACGCUCGGAGCAGCCGGUCUGCACCUGUGCUACUGGGCGCGCGCCAGCGAACAACUGCAGGUGGUGGCGGAGCUGGAGACGUCUCUGCGCGGGAUGGAGUCGGUGGGCUCGGUGGGGUACCAGGUCGAGCUGCCUAAAGCUGACCUCGUGUUCAGAGGCAUGGUAGACUCCAACUGGAACAUCGGCGCGGUACUCGAGAAGAAGCUCCAGCCUCUGCCCUUCACGUUCGCACUGUCCGGCAUGGCCAAUCAGGCCAAACAGCAGUUCAAGUUCGGAUGCGGCCUCAUCAUUGGUUAGGGGCGGCGCUAGUGUGCUUGUGCUCGAUGGUGAUUGGCUGGUUUUGAAGCGGAUUCGAUGUGGCGCGUGGGUGGAGUGAUUUGGUUGGCUGGUUUUGGGUGUAGGUUUUUGUAAAUGUUUAUGGAUUGUAAGUUUAACAAAUAGCGUACAAAAACAACGUUUUCCAACGUGGCAGGACCUCCUACCAGUUACAGUUAAUACAUUGAAUGUAUGCUGUUCAUUUAUUUUCUACAUAAACAUAGUGUUGAUGGUGCUACGCUAUCGCUAUCUGAUUUAAUUUAAAGAACUCAGAAAUCUAUACAAAAUAACUUACGCCGCCGCCCGCCGCCGCUCGAAUUCGCUUCAAUACAGUCGCAGAUAUUAAAAACUUUAGUUGUUUGUGUGAGAGAUUGACGUAUGUUUAGGAUAUUUGUGUUUCGAUUCCGUUCCAACGUUUGGGGCGAAUGUUAACUACGCCUCGAGCUUAUUGAGAAGUUAACUACCGGUUAAAGUGAUGUUAGUUCCAACCAGCUUUUCAAUAAUCACAAGGCUAAAUGAAAUUAACAUUAAGUUUUGCAAUGUUAUGACGAUAAAAGAAUAUAAUAGAACCCUUCUAUCUAACUAUAAUCCUUAGUAAGGAUGUGAGACAGAUAUUCAAUAUUUCUUUUCCCAUAAAUAGUUUUACACCAAAGUUGCGAUAACGAAUACGAUGAACACAUUAUGAUUCCUAUCAAUUUUUGUAUCACAAAACUAGAAUGAAUGGUUUUGUUAAUUGUAUACUUGCUGCCUAAAGUAUAAGCACAUUUUGGAAAACUUAAUUAUUGUGGACAUUAUAAUAACAAAGUAUACUUACUUAAUUAUAUGUAUACACUAUACAUUGAGGUGAACAAAUGAUUAUGAAAUGAGUACCUUUGAACGGUUUCCCGUGGGAAUUCCGGGAUAAAAACUAGCCAGAGCACUCAGGGAAAAUGUACCGUUACAUUAUUUAAAUAUUAUCUUUAAUCAGUUCAUUACGUUUUAAGUGCCAAUUUCUCCAUUCUCGGUUAGAGCAUAACCAUUUUUUUCAACUGUGCCAGUGAUUAUUAUAAUGUCCAUAAUUGUGUGUUUUAAAUAAUUAAUUAAUUCUGAACAUGCUUACACCAGUAACGCAUUUAUAAUGUCACUCUAGGUUUAAAAAACUCAUUUCUUCAUUUUAUGAUUACUUUUCAAUGUAGAUAGUUUGAUUAUUGUUAUCUUUAGUUCUUCUUGUAACCUGUAUAAAUGAAAUGAGCAAUUUAGUUUUAUAUUUUCUUGGGCAUUCAUUUUAGUUAGAUAAUUUAUAGUAUAUAUUUCUAGGUAGGAACCGAUUAUGAUGUAUGUAAACAUUGUAAUUCGGUGCAGAAAUAUACCUACUUAGUCUAUCAUUACACAAAUAUUGAAGUAUUCUUGGAACGUGAUUCUAACUGACCAAAUAGCUCAACUUAUAUCCAUACAAUUCAAACUUAUACAUAGAGUAUUUCGUCUCUUUCACGAUAGCUACAAUCUCUAACGAGUAAGCGAGAUACAUAUAGUUUUGUCAGCUGGAUAUUCCUAGAGUGACAGAUUAUGAUUCAACCUUCGUUAGAAGGCACUGUAUGAAUGUAGAUAGUUUUGGUGUCCUGUACAUAUUAUAAUAUGCCUGUUGUUAAAAUGUUUAUUUUUAAUAGAGUUAUGUUAAUAAAUCAA